UCCAAAAUGACGUUUCCCGACAGUAUCGCUUUGUUAUCGUGUAGAUUAUUUUCCAAAGUUUUUACGAGGAGAAAUUUAUUGUGCGCCAGAGCAGGAAAUCUUCAUAUGGAUAGUAAAGAUGAAGCGAGAUCAACCAUGGAAAUCGUCAACAUACCACCAAUCGUCACCACGUACCGGCACGCGUUGCGUACUUUUGACGAAAAACACAAAAAGGACAUUUCGACCAACUUGACCAAGUUGAAAAGUUUGAUGGACUCCUUGAAAGCUGACGAUCUAGGCUUCGACCAGAAGCUAAACGACCCAGCGACGUGGAGAAGGCCAAGUAAAGCACCCUGUACGUACAUCGAAGUUUUCCAGAAUAGUUUAGUCAACAUGAGUAUAUUUGUACUGAAACCGGGGUUCAAGAUGCCUUUGCACGACCAUCCGCAUAUGCACGGACUUUUAAAAGUGAUUACAGGUGAAGUUAGAAUAAGAAGUUUUACAGAGUACCCUUUGAAAGAGGCUGUUAGUGUUAUUGACUUUGCGGCGCGUGCCAAGCACGAAGCCGCGCGUAUCGCUCAGGGCUUCCAUAAACGGAGAAGAUUUUUCGCUGAAAUAACUCAAGACCAUGUAUGUAAAGAUAGUUCUCAAACGUGUGUGCUAACACCAACUGUCUCUAACUACCACGAGAUAGAAGCUUUAGGUGUGCCCGCUGCUUUUUUUGAUAUACUCUCUCCGCCUUAUGAUACUCUUAUAGAGGGCAUCGGUCCGAGACGAUGUCGAUAUUAUUAUGUAGCAAAUGAAGUGAGCACUAAUGUAGUUGAGUUACAAGAGAGUAGUGUACCGGAAUGUUUUUAUUGUGAUCAGGCGCCAUAUUUAGGGCCGUUGCUUGUAUAGCUAAUAAGUUAGAGAGCAUAGGGAUUUGUAUGGCAUAGUGAAAGUGAAAAUCCUUGUAAUAAAAUAUUUAUUCAUGGCCAUGUUGUUCAAACAUUGUGUAUCUACUCAUAUUAUGGUGAAUCAGACAAAAUUAGGAACGUAGUGAACCAUUAUGGUCUUGACUCUAGUCAUCUUCCAUACUUUGGUGCAUCCAAUAAUAAAUAUGUCUGAAAAUUGUCUGAAACCAAUCAUAAGUAUACAAAAAAUAUUGUAAAACUCAGGCAGUAUGGUCAAUAAUCUCAGCUUGUCCUUGUUAUGGACAAAUUAUCUUUAAUUUGUUCACAACGCUGAAUUAAAAAUGUCAUAAAACUUAGUAAACUAGAAAAGUAGAGUUAUCAGUAAAUUGCCAGGUGGUUAGGGUAGGCCUGGGUCAGGGAUGGGCAUUCCCCUUUUCUAUCAAUAAAAAUGAAAGUUUAGCUUGACCAAGGUUCACUAGGUUCAUAAUUUAGACUGAUUCUCCAUUAAUAUCAGAUACACAAAAUUUGAGCAGUAUUAUGAAUAAAUAUUUUAGUCUUGUGCCCAAGGACAAUUAUGGGAUAUUUUGAAGAACCACAGUGAAUUUUAUCACAACAAUUUCUUCAAUUCCAUCACUGUAUUCACUAUGUGUAGGAGUUACCAAGUAGAUGAAUAAAAGUUCCUGCUUGCAUUUCGACUUUACAAAACUAAAAAUCAACUUAAUGUCAGCAACCUUGGCAUGUUUAUUUGUCAAACUGGCAAUCUUCCUUAACUUUACUCACAGACUAGAGAAUGAUACAGAGUGAGUCGUUACAAGCAGUGCAGUGAAGCCAGUGAAACCCAUAAAUAAACAAAAGUUACAUGUGCAUCUUCUUGACUUCCACAUAAUGUUGCUAUCUACCAUAAUCAAAGUUUUUUCAUAAUUUGUAUUUCACUAACAACAAUAAGUAAAUUAAUAUCAUAAUUGGCAUAAAAAAAUACUCCAUCUUAUUUUUUAGUUUUUUGUAAACAAUUUUAAACAUAAUUUUUUUUAAUAAUAUUGAGAAUUACUAAUGUGACUCUUUAUGUUGUACUGAUUUGAGUCAUAUUAUUUUUUAAAUUUGUGUUUGGAAUGGCUGCAUAAUGGCCGUGUUCCGUACACUCUAUCUGCCUAUUAUUCUUUAAUCUGUGACCAUAAACCAUUAAAACUGUUACACUUGAAAUAAUGUCUCUUGAAGUUUCCUCAAAAGUAUGUCAAAAGUGUAAGGUGGGAACUUUUUUAAAGGUCACUCAAUUGAUCUCUAAGUAAUUUAUAUAAACAUUUAGUGCAAAUGAUUUCGUGCCUUUUACAAUAUUGUAAUCCAACAAGAUUGUCAGACAUCUUGAUAAAUUGUUUGUUUCCUCAACUGAUUAUUAUGUUAUCAGUUAAGUAGACAUGUUACUUAAAUAAUAAUUGGAAGUUAGAAAUAAUUAAAAUAUUCUUAAGCUUUGGUAUUUUUGGUAACUAGGUAUUUAUUUUAUUUAAGAAAUAAUUUAUUCAUAAAAUUAAUGAAAAUUAUUGUCUUUGCUAGAAGUAGAUUUCAAUAAAUUCUCUAACCAUAACUUUUAAGAUCCUAUAGUUUUGUAUUUAAUACAUGCACAAAAAUUUCAUAAGUUGAAUUGCGUAAACAUAAAUAGGUAACUCAUUAACAUUUUAAAAUGUAAUACAUUGCAGUAUAUUUUCUAGAUCUCUGAUACAUAUAUAUACUCAGCACAAUUAUCUGCUAUCUUUAAUAUGACGCGAGUAUAUUAAAGUGGGCGGAUAAUUGUGCCUCUGAGUAUAUUUGCAAUGGGAAAUACUUGUGAUUUUUUUAAUAUUUUAUUAGUUUCAGACACAACAAAACUAAAAAUAAAUAAAAAAAGCAAUAUCCUGAUAUAAUUAUUAUUUUAUACAAAAUAUCUGACAUAUUUUAAGCAUUUAUAUCACUGCCAUUUUAGCGUGAUAUAUGAAUGUGAACUAUAACAUCAUAAAUGUUAAAAGACACUUUCCUAUUGGUUGCCUAAAUUUGAUACAAGCAACCAAUAGGAAAGGGUAGAAUUGAAACAGAGUAAAUAAAAAAUGUUGUUGUGAGUAUGGAUAUAUUAUAUCAAUAAAAACAACAAAGAAAAAAUCUGGCCUUGAUUCAAAUCAUAUGCAUAUUAUUUUUUAGACUGUUGUGUCUAAAUAAACAUACUUGAAAAUUGAAAUAAUGGCAAGCUUUUAAAUUAAUUUUUAAUUAGUAUUUUAAUUAUUAUAAGAAUUUAUUUACUAUGUAAUAAUUCAGGUCUCUUAUGUCACAGUAGAAUUACAUUCCAUGUAAAUGUAUUAUUAAUUGGUCGUAAUUUAUAUUAUCUCUCAAGUACUGCACUUUUUUUUUACAAUUUUUUUUUAAUUGAUUUGUUUUGUGUUUAAAAACUUGUACACUUUUCAAGGUUUGUAAAUUAGUAUACAGCAUUGAAAAAACUGAUUCAAUAUAGAAAAAAAUUAAAUAUGCGAAAAAGUAAUAUAACUUUGUUACACUAGGGAAUUUUUCAAAACUAUUCAAAUUAGUUUUAGGUGGUGUUUGGUUUAUCUACCAUUUGCGUUUUAUCCAUUAAUUACGGGACAUCCUGUAUAGUAUAUUGCUAUGAAUAUCGCUUUCCAUUUCAUCACAAUGGGACGAAUGAGACAGCUGUGUUUCUUUUUCUGCCGUUAUUAUUUGAGAAUAUGACUCAAUUAUUUACUUCAAUAACAGGAUAAUCGUGAAUAAUAUCGUUAAAAAAUAUUACGUCAGUGAAAUAUUUUUUUUAAAGAAUAUUUAUCAUUUCUUUUUUAUUGUGAUCAAUAAUGCUGUUCCCUAGACUUAGGUAUAACAAUAAUCCAGCGGCCGGAUAUCGAACCGAUAACCUCUAGGUGUUGAGAGCGCCCCUUUUACCGCGGAAACAUCGCGGCGGUCGAAUUUUUAUAAUUCACUAGCAGACGCCCGCGACUUCGUCCGCUUGAAACUCGAUGUAAACUUUCAACUACCCCUAUCCUACCCUACCCUACCCCCUACUCUAGCCUACCAUACCCCUACCCCGUUUUCUAAUUAUUAUUAAUAUGAACUUUAUACAAUAACAAUAAAGCUCAAAUUGACUACGUUUUAGUUAGAAAACAUUUGUAUGGGAAAAAGAAAAAGGCUAUUUUUAUGGUUUUUCCGGCAAUUAUUCGAAUUUUUCUCGCCGUAAAAACCAUCCUAGAACUUCAACGAACAUUUAAAAAAAAGAAUUGGCCAAAUUGGUCCAGGCGUUGUUGAGUUAUGCGCUUACCAACGCAUUUUGCGAUUUUUUAUAUUAUAGAUUAUUCAUAAUGAACUUCGCCAAUUAACACUCGCUUUUAUUCAACAUCAUAUACCUAAUAAAAAGAGAUAUAUAAUUUGUGUUUAAUUAGGUAAUUAAUUAAUGAAGUUACACAAGUAUUUUGUGCUGAAGAUUGUACCUUUUAAGAUAUAUUGCAUUUAGAUAUAAGAUUUGUUUUACAAGACAUAGUAUUCAUGUUUCUUUUUUGUUAAUAAAAUCUUAAUAUUUGUUACUA